CACCGUAUAUUUCACUCACGUCAUGUUCGUUUUGUCGAAAAUUCUUUUCCUGGUUACACCACUAAUCUUCCUGCAGCUUCUCCAACGGUGGAGUCUUGGCUGCUGGAUCUAGGCCCGCCCAUUGUACGUCUCCCCCAGCAUGGGCCUCCGCCCCCUAUGGCACGUCCGCCCCCUUCCCCUCCCGGCUCCCCCCGCGCGACGACUCCUUUGCACAACUCAUCUGCCGCCCAAGGCCCGCAAGUUGGGCCUUUGCUCUCUUCUUCCGCCGACCGAGGCCCCACUGACGCACCUGGGCCGCCAGUUCCUCUUGGGCCUAUCCCCUCCUCUUCAGCCAACACAGGCCUGCCCUCCUCUCAUGGGCCGACUCCGCUGGCUGGGCUUGAGAUCUCCUCGCCCAGCCCGUCCACCACACAGCCAGCUGCCCCCCCUCCACUUCUUCGUACACAUCGGAUGACCACGCGGGCCCAAGACGGUAUCUACAAACCGAAGAGAUUAUUCACCGUGGACUACACCACCUGCUCACCUCCUCUUCAACCUCGCUCUGUUCGUGAAGCCAUGCAGUACUCUGAGUGGGAUGCUGCCCUGCGUAAGGAGCACUCAGCUCUGCUCCAAAAUCGCACGUGGGAUCUUGUUCCACGUCAACCACACUUCAAUGUACUCGGAAACAAAUGGGUCUACCGCAUCAAGCAUCACUCCGAUGGUUCCCUCAAUUUGUUCAAAUGCAGGCUCGUUGCGAAGGGCUUUCAUCGACGCCCGGGUAUUGAUUUCACAGAAACCUACAGUCCAGUGAUCAAACCUGUCACUGUACGCACCAUUUUCACCAUCGCUCUGUCUCAUAACUGGCCGAUUAAGCAGUUCGACGUCAACAAUGCCUUUCUCCAAGGGCCACUCGAUGAUGAGGUGUAUAUGGUUCAGCCUCCCGGUUUUGUUGACCCUGAUCAUCCCAUUCAUGUAUGUCGUCUUCGCCGUGCCAUUUACGGCCUCCACCAGGCUCCUCGUGCAUGGUACACUGCCCUCAGCUCCUUUCUUGUUGAGUUUGGAUUUCGGAAGUCCCAUUCCGAUGAAUCACUUUUUGUCUAUCAUCGUUCUGGGGUUACACUAUAUUUCCUCAUCUAUGUUGACGAUCUCUUGCUCACUGGGAAUGAUUCGGCCACCCUCUCUGCCUUUCAACUGGCAUUGGCUACCAAGUUCUCCCUCAAGGAACUCGGUGAUGUGAACUAUUUUUUGGGCAUUGAGAUCAUUCAUACCGCCUCCGGCUAUGUUCUAUCUCAACAUCGCUACAUGAUUGACAUUCUCAAUCGUUUUCAUAUGCUGGAUGCGGCUCCUAUUUCUACUCCUAUGGCCUCCUCUGCGCCGCUCACACUCUGUGAUGGCACUGCUCCCACUGAUGCCACUCGCUAUCGACAGGUUUUGGGGGCACUGCAAUAUCUCGUCUACACUCGCCCUGACAUAGCCUACGCGGUCAACAAACUCUCACAGUAUAUGCAUGCUCCUACCGCUAACCACUGGCAAUGUCUUAAGCGUCUCCUACGCUACAUUUGUGGUACUCUCUCCUACGUCUUAGCUAUUCGGCGCACCUCCAUUCCUCUCCGUCUCACUGCCUUUGCUGACUCCGAUUGGGCUGGUGACAAGGAUGAUCGGACAUCAACCUCAGCAUAUCUUGUCUACUUGGGAUCCACCCUAAUAUCCUGGAAAUCACAAAAACAACGCACGGUGGCUCGAUCUAGUACUGAGGCUGAAUACAGGGCCAUUGCCCAUGCCACGGCCGAGUUGGAAUGGGUGCAGAAUCUCUUAAAGGAGCUCCAUCAUCCGCUUUCAUCUUCCCCGACGCUUUUCUCCGACAAUUUGGGUGCCACCAGUUUCAGCUCCAAUCCUCGCUUCCACUCUCGUAUGAAGCACCUUGCGCUCGACUAUCACUUUGUCCGCCAAUUAGUUCAAGCCGGUCGCCUUCACGUUGCUUAUGUUCCCACAGCUCAACAACUGGCCGACAUGCUCACCAAACCACUGCCUGCACCACGCUUCACUCUUCUUCGAUCCAAGAUUGGCGUCGUUGAUACCUCCUUCAUCUUGCGGGGGCGUGUUAGAGAAAAAGAAUAAACAAUUCUUUUUCAUUUAUUUAUUUCACUCCACUAAUCACGUUUCCACUUCUCCACUCUCCUGUACAUCCUCCUUCAAUCACUCCACUACUCACGUUUCCACUUUUCCACUCUCCUGUACAUCCUCCUUCAAUCACUCAACAAACACCCCUGUAUCCUCUGUAACCAUGUAUAAAUAUUGCUAGAAACAUAAAUACAAAUCAGGUCUUUUGAUCAUAACAAUAUUCUGUUUACAACUAAUUCUCCUCCUAAUAAAGUUUAUAUUCAAAC